GAAGGAGCAUGUUAUUAAAGGGUUUCCUAGUAGCUUUCGCAUUGGUUGGCUUGGUCCAAGCAGCGAGUUUGAGCCAGGAUGAGAGGAUUCGCUACGACAACUUCUCAGUGUUCAAGGUCAGGUACGAGACCCAAGAGCAGCGCAGUCGUCUUCGAAGUCUAGUGGAAGAGCAGAACAAUUUUAAGCAUUGGGGUGCAAUCAAGGACGAGCUGCAUUUGAUGGUGAGUCCCGGGGUUCUGUCCCAGUUCAAGACUGAGCUCCAAAGGGCUAACCUGAGUGCAGAGGUGAUGAUAAGCAACGUUCAGGAACUCAUAGACUCUGAAAAAGAGGCUGACUCCAGAGCCAGUGCAGAUGAAUCCUUUGGCUGGAAAAAGUACAGCACACUGGCCGAAAUUUAUGCCUGGCUAGAUGGUAUCCUGGCGGCUUACCCGACGGUAACUGAGGAAUUUAUCGUGGGACAAUCCUACGAAGGUCGCACUAUACGUGGCAUUAAGAUCUCCUACAAGUCGGGCAAUCCUGGGGUACUUAUCGAGUCAAAUAUCCAUGCCAACGAGUGGAUAGCCUCGGCCACUGCCACCUGGCUGAUCAACGAGUUCCUCACCUCCGAUGACGUACUGGUUAGACAGAUGGUGGAGACCCACGACUGGUACAUAGUUCCAGUGCUCAACGUAGAUGGUUUUGUCUACUCCCACGAGAAGGAUCGAAUGUGGCGCAAGACCCGCCAACCGUCGGCAGACUCCAGUUGCAUUGGCGUUGAUCCCAAUCGGAACUUUGAUGUGCGUUGGAUGGAGAGUGAUGGGGCCUCAUCAAAUCCCUGUGACUGGAACUACGGUGGACCGCAUGCGCUCUCCGAACCGGAAGUCCAGGCUAUGACCGAUUUGGUGAUUAGCCUGAAGGACAAAAUCAAUGUAAUGCUGGCCUUCCACAGCUAUAGCCAGGUCCUGCUCUCACCGUAUGGCCACAGCAGCGUGGAGUUUCCGCCCAAUUACGAUGAUCUGAUGGCCGUGGCCAAGGCUUAUGCGGAUGCGGUGGCUAAACUGCCAUAUGACACCGUCUUUCAAUAUGGCUCAGUGGGAGGACUGCUUUAUCCCGCCACCGGCGCCACCAUUGAUCUGACCUAUCAGGAGGGUAUUGAAAUAACCUACACUGUUGAGUUCAGAGACACAGGACAUUAUGGCUUCAUCCUUCCCCCGGCACACAUUAUUCCAAAUUCUGAGGAGGCUUUGGCAGGCAUUAUGGCACUUUUGGAGAAAACCGAGGAACUGGGCUACAUGAAGUCCAAGAAGAAAUCGCUGAUCGCAUUCGCAGCUCUAAGCAUGGCAUUUAGUAAUUUCCUUUUAAUUCUGGCGUUAACUGGCUUUGUCCAAGGCCUGAGUUUGGGUCAGGACCAAAGGAUACGUUACGACAAUUACUCGGUGUAUAGAGUCAAGUUGGAGACUCCAGGACAGAGAAGCCUAUUCAAAAAGCUGGCUGAUGAUCGGGAAAACUUCAGACUUUGGAGUGAAGCCAAGGAUGAGUUGCACUUGAUGAUUAGUCCUGGUGCCUUUAACGAAUUCGAAGCCGAAGUCCAGAGAACCAACUCUAGUGCAGAGAUAUUCAUCAGUAAUGUUCAGGAACUAAUCGAUUCUGAGGAAAGUGCCAAUCUUAUGGCCGCCAGGGAUGGCUCUUUCGGUUGGACCAAGUACAACACGUUGGCGGAAAUUUACGCCUGGCUGGACGACAUAUUGGCUGCAUAUCCUGUAAUCACCGAGGGCUUCGUCCUGGGUCAAUCCUACGAGGGUCGGACUAUUCGGGGUAUCAAGAUCUCCUACAAAUCCGGCAAUCCCGGAGUCUUUAUUGAGUCUAACAUCCAUGCCAGAGAGUGGAUCACUUCCGCCACAGCCACCUGGUUGAUCAAUCAGUUCCUGACCUCCACCGAUGCGCUGGUGAGGCAGCUCGCCGAGAGUCACGACUGGUACAUCGUGCCCGUUCUGAAUGUGGACGGUUUUGUUUAUACUCACGAGAAGGAUCGCAUGUGGCGCAAGACCCGUCAGCCCUCAGAUAUUUCGUCUUGCGUUGGCGUCGAUCCCAACCGCAACUACGACUCCCACUGGAUGGAGAACGAAGGUGCUUCCUCGAAUCCUUGUGCCGAGGACUACGGCGGACCGAAGCCCUUCUCGGAGCCAGAAAUCCAGGCCAUGGCCGACUUUGUUAGCAGCCUCAACGGCAAGAUCAACGUAUUGCUGGCCUUCCACUCGUACAGUCAGCUUCUGCUCUCUCCCUACGGACACACUGCGGAGGAGCUUCCGCCCAAUUACGAGGACUUAAUGUCCGUGGCUAAGGCCUACGCAGAUGCUGUUGAGGGUCUGCCCUAUGGCACUGUUUACAGAUAUGGCACAUCUGCGGGUAUUCUGUAUCCCGCCUCUGGAGCCACCAUUGAGUGGGCCUACAACGAACAGGACAUUGAGAUAACCUACACCAUCGAAUUCAGAGACACUGGUCGCUAUGGGUUUAUCCUGCCCCCGGUCCACAUAAUUCCCAAUGCCGAGGAGGCAUUGGUCGGCAUAGUAGCCCUUUUAGAAAAGUGUGAAGAGUUGGGUUAUCUAAAUCUCAAGAACUAGCUGCGAAGGCUGGGAAAUUCUAGAGUGCAAUGAAUGAAUAAAGAUUAACUGCCGAUAA